UACAACGAAGCUUUUGCCAAACAACAGCAAAUACGGAAUCAUCCUUCGGCAAGUUGUCGGCAAAAGCAAAAGUUUCUUGAAAGCAACCAUGAGCUCCUUCCCAUUGGUCGCUCCGAUGUUUCCUGCAGGGAGGGAACCCCUUCCUCCAGGAAUGACAGAGGAGGACCGUGCUCAGCUCAUGCAGGCCAAAAAGUACCAAGGAUGGAUGUCUAUGGGCAUGGAGUCUUGUGCAGCAAAAACAGUCAUUGCUGGCGUUGGUGGUCUCGGCAUUGGCGCAUUCUUCUCUCUCAUGUCCUCGUCGUUUGCGUACGAGGAUCCUUUGCUACGGUCAUCCACUCAGGCCGGCCUAAAUAACACUCAGAAGGCUCGGGAAAUCUUCAAGGAAAUGGGUAGAGGGAUGUGGAGAAGCGGAAAGGGCUUUGGAAAAGUUGGAGCGUUGUUCGCCGGAAUCGAAUGUGUCAUUGAAGGCUACCGAGCGAAGAAUGACAUGGUAAACCCAAUUGCUGCAGGGUUCGUUGCCGGAGGUGUUCUUGCACGAAACUCUGGGCCUAAAGCUGCUCUAGGUGGUGGAUUGGCAUUUGCUGCUUUCUCCGCAGCAAUAGAUUUGUUCUUACGGAGGGAAACAUCAGACGACGACUAGUCAUUAUGCAUAUUAAUACCAUUAGAUUAAUCAUUCAUUGUUGUUGGAUGCACGCCACCACCAACGUUGUACAACGCGAAGGGCCGCGGUGCGCGGCAAAGCCCCGCUACAUUUCUCACAACAAUUGCUGAUAGAAGUGUGUUUGACCGUAUCCAUGUCGCCUAUGCAGUCUAAUCUGCCGAUAUACAACGCUUUGAGCACAUCCGUACUGCGCUUCUUAGCUCUGGCUUGUGUCUUGCUGAUUCAUCACUCGACCAACGUUUAUUGGAUUCGAGGAUGUGUUAGUCACCGCAUCAGAACCAUUUCAAUGUGUUGUUCUAUCAGCGGUGCUUGUAAUUUCUCCUUCGGAUGACUACUUGACUAGUGAUGCCGGUUGGAUGGACGUAGUAGUCCAAUUGCCAGUCCGUCUAUCGACGGCUUGCCUCAUUAGACGGGCUGGUCAUCAGUCUCAGAAAGUCAGGGUAUUGGGAAGUCUGUGAGGU